GGGUUUGUGUCUUCAUUCACGAAUGUAAUGUGCGCCCGAAUUUAAGAAAUAUGAAAAGCCACGUCUUUGUAGUCCUCUUUUGUGCGCAUCACGCUUUUGCUUUGGACGAUACCUUCCUGGGGCAAUACGAAAAUUACUUCCUUCCACCCCCGACCGAUCUUGACACGAAAGCCGUAACCACGCAGUACUUUUCUCAAGUUUUGGACCACUAUGACCCCACGAACACAGCCCGCUGGUCACAGAGGUAUUUUGUAAACACGCAACAUUUCAAUACGACUGAAGGAUUUGUCGUGUUCCUCCUGAUUGGGGGUGAAGGACAAGCUGGCGUACAAUGGAUGUCCGCUGGAGCAUGGAUCCAAACUGCGAGGGAAUAUGGUGCUCUCUUAUUUCAGCUGGAGCACAGAUUUUACGGAGAAAGUCAUCCGCUAAGCGAUCUAAGUCUUCCUAAUCUGCGCUUCUUAUCAAGCCAACAGGCCAUUGAGGACAUCGCAACUUUCAUAAGUGCGAUGAAUCGCGAGUAUCAUUUGCCUCAAAAUGUGAAAUGGAUACUUUUCGGGGGAUCUUACUCGGGGUCUCUGGCCACUUGGGCCAGACAGAAAUAUCCCCAUUUGAUACACGGUGUCAUGGCAUCCAGUAGCCCCGUUUAUGCCCAUUUGGAUUUCUAUGAAUACUUUGAGAUUGUCUUCAACAGCCUGUCCAGUAACAGCCAUCAGUGUGCGCUCGCGAUGAAGAAGUCUUUCGAACAGCUCGAAUAUUACAUAAACAAUCCGAACGAGGAGAACGUCACAGCCCUGUUCAACCUGUGUCUCGACAUAAACCUUGACGAGAACAGGAUCGAGAACAACAUCGCGUACCUAUUCGAGAGACUCAGCAGUAGGAUAGCCGGCGUGGUGCAAUAUCACGGGAUUGCCGGCCAACCCACCAUAGACUCCCUAUGCAACAUCUUCAAUAAUGUAUCUCUUGGUAGAGAGAUCGAUAGACUGGCGGGAGUCGCUAGGUUUUUGUACGGGACUAGUUGUGUCGCUUAUAGGUUCCAAGCUCUUUUGAAUACUUUGGGCAACACGGCUAUUUUGUCUACUAGGAAUUCUCGCCAGUGGUACUACCAGACCUGCACCGAAUACGGAUGGUACCAAACGUCAAGCCAACAAGAUCCGAUCAUCGGCACCAGAACCGGCAUAGACUUUUACACCCAGAUAUGCUCGACCGUUUUCGGAUUAGCGUUCACCCCUUCCUUUACCAGCGAGCACAUAGAGAGAACAAACAGGUAUUACGGAGGGUACGAUACGGAGGCCACCAACGUGAUCCACGUCCACGGCUCCCUGGACCCCUGGUAUCCCAUGGGCCUCACCGAAACCGUCAAUCCAGACUCGCCGGUGAUAUUUAUCGAUGGUACGUCCCACUGCGCGAAUUUGUAUCCCAUUUCCGUCAACGAUCCACCAGCUCUCACGCAAGCCAGAGAAACAAUUAAUUAUAUAAUAGGUGUAUGGCUCGGCAGGAACUCUGCGGUAGGCGUUCACUUGUCCGUCUCUUUGAUUGUAAUCGGAUUGCUAGCAAAACUGUUGUAGUUUGGAAUCGAUCCGUACUAAAUAAAUAUGUUUAUUUAUUCACUACAAUAAGAGUUUGAAAUAAAAUGAAGUGUGAGAACUCGA